AUGUUUAAAUAUAUCUACUUUAUAAUAUUUUUUGUAAACGCAAUACUUGAUAGAAGUGUAAAUGCCUUUGUAAAAUCAAGAAAUUACGACUGCGGUCCCUAUGGUUUUGUAUGUGAUGGGAUUUCCAAAUUAAAAUUAUGUGAUAGCGAGAAAUUGUUUGGCCCAACUUUCCUCUGUCCACCCAACACUGUGUGCAAUGAGGAGUCAAAUGACAUUUGCGAAAAUCCUAUCAACUAUAUAGACCCAGUAAUAACACGUGCGGUUAGAUGUCACAGUAACGAAAGAAUCGCGGAUCCAAGCGUACCCAAUUGUAAAGGAUAUAUUUUGUGCAUCCCUAAUAAGAAUCGCUUUCAAGGUAUUAAGUUUAAAUGUUCUGGAAAAACUGUUUUCAGUGGCUACACACGCACCUGUACUUCGCCUGAAAAAUAUAAGUGUCCUUUGAAAAAUACAACAAAGAGUAAGCCUCUAUAUUAUGGCGAUGUUAAUGAAAAAGAUGAUGAUAACGAUGGGCAAUCUGUUUAUUUUGGGGCAACUCAGUCUGGUAAUAGGCCCAUUGAUUGUAAAAACUAUAAGUUAACGGUUACCCAAGACACAAGUCCGGCACGUCCUACAUACUUCUGUCCUUCAAGACCAGCGAACGGAGAGUCCACGAUUCGAUGUACAAUAUUCUCAAACCAUUUUUGCAUGACAUUACAAAGAGACACUGAAGACCAGUUCGUAAAAAGCAAUGAUGCAGUAAUUCGUAGGCCGCGGAAAAAAGAUUUGAAACAA